AUGACAGAGAAACAUCUACAACUCAUUUGCUUACGCGGGCGGGCGCUGGGCGCCGUCGACAAGUACCGCCUGCGCAAGAAGUUCCCGCUGCCCAGCACCAUCUGGGACGGCGAGGAGACCGUCUACUGCUUCAAGCGCCGCUCCCGCGCCGCCCUGCGCGCCUCCUACGGCCGCAGCCGCUACCCGAGCCCCGAGCAGAAGCGCCGCCUGGCCCGCGACACCGGCCUCUCCCUCACCCAGGUCAGCAACUGGUUCAAGAACCGCCGGCAGCGCGACCGCAGCGGAGGCGGCGCCGGCGCCGGAGGAGGAGGAAGAGGCGCCGGCACGCCCAGCAAGAGCGAGUCGGAUGGGAAUCCUAGCACAGAAGAUGAAUCCAGCCGCGGCCCCGAAGAGACAGAAGCAGCUCUGGGGAUUUCCAUGACGCCCGAAGGGCUUCCAAACUCUGGCAGCCUUUUCUUGCCAGCUUCCUGCUCUAGCGCCUCCUCCAUCCUUUUGAACGGCAACUUCAUCACAGCCACCUCUCCCACGAUGCUCCUCAAUGGCGGAUCGGUCAUCCAGACCCCCAGCGGAGGAGUCAUCCUGAACGGAUUGGCCCUGGCAGACAACCAGACCAUCACCCUCAGCCCUGUGGCGGCCACCCCCAGUCCACCUGUCCUCCUCAACGGCUCCCCCUCCUUGCUGAGUGGGAAACCUGCCGCACCCAGCAGUCAGGAGGUCUCCAAGGCUUCCCAGGAACCUCUUCCCUCCACAGCUGUCAUCCUCAGCCCAGCAGCUCUUCAAGGAGAGGUGAAAUCAGAGACCGCAGAGCCACUGGCCUUUGGGGUGGAAGUGAAGUCCGAGGAUAGGCAGGGGGCCGUCCCACCCCUGUUAUCUCUCCCUGAUGCUUCCACACUGCUCUCUGACCAGAAGGGAGCCCUGCUGGUGGCUGCUUCCAUGUCUCAAGUAGUCCCAUCCAACGAGGAGGCUCCUGCAGCCAGCCAGCUGGCCCCGCCACUUCAGCCAGCAGCCACCUCCAGCCCUCAGAUCGUCCCUCUUGCCAGGCUAGUCCCUGCCACUCAAGCCAUGUCACCUCCCCAGGUCACUGUGGCAACCGUCAGUGGGCAGGUUACCCUGGCAACCCCAUCUUCAUCUACUACAGCCACACCACUCAUUUCCAUCCCGGGAUCUUCUCCAGCCCAGGCUACGGUCCUCCAUGUUCCUGCCCCGUCUCUGGUCCCCAUCACCCAAGUGCCACCUCCCUCUCAAGUGGUCCCUCUGUCCCAGUCUGUCCCAGGGACGCAGGUGCUCUCCCCAUCCCAGAUGGUGCCCAUGUCGCCCACGCAGAUCUACACCGUAACACAGGGAACUCCUGCCCCUCAGCUGGUCUCCCUCCCUCAAGUGGCCCAAGGUUCACAGAUCCUCUCUCUCCCCCAAGUGGUGCCCACCUCGCAGGUGGUGACGCUGCAACAGGGCGUGGGCAGCCCCAUCCAGAUCCUAACGAGUGCUGCCUCCAUCAAAAUGGGCCCCGUGACGGGGACGCCAGCGGCUGGUGGAAAUCUUGGCCAGAGCAGUGUGCAUCUCAUCAACACCAAUGUCGGCAUGACAGCUGUGCAACUUCCAGGCACCACGCCAGGUAACCUCCUGCUGACCAAUCCGGCAACGGGCAGUAGUACCAUCGUCACUGGCAUGGCUCUGCAGCAGGGCAAGCUCAUUCUGACGGCCACCUUCCCAGCAGGCAUGCUGAUGGCACCCAUCCUCUCAGCUCCAGCAGCAGCCCCGACCCUGGCUGUUCCCAUCAAGCAGGAAGUGGGAGUGACUGCACCAGCCACUCUCGGAAGCCAUGAAGCUGGGGACAACAACAGCACUGGGGUGUUGCUCCCCGGUGUGACUUCUGUGCUGCCCUCUGGGGUCUCCUCACUUUCAGCCUCCGACAGCGGUGGGUCAGCUGACUUGUCUCCAUAUAGCACCAACUCUGGGCAGGCCAUCCUUCUUUCCAGUUUCUCCCAGCAAGAAGGGCUCACAGCAUCCCAGCAGCAAAUGGUGUGGCCUGGUGCCGUCAGCAUGGAUCUUCAAGGGACCGGCUCCGAGGGGCUGUUUGAAAUGGACAAGAGCCCCAUGGAGGAGCAGGGCGGCUUACUCCAGCUCCCUGAGGAUGAUGGCCUUUUGCUCGAUGCUUCUGGGGCUGACCCCAUGGGCUCUGAAGCCCUGGACUCGGAUGAGAAGGUGCUGACGCAGCUCCAGUCGGUGCCCGUGGAAGAGUCGCUUGACUUGUAAAACAGAAAAAUCCAGAGGGAUCCAAGGAGAUAGUUUGCGGGGUUCUCCCUGUAAUCCUGGGUUCUUGUUCCUUGCCACCUCCCAGACCAGGACUGGUUUAGGAGAGCUAGAAGUGCCUUGAAAGGGAAACCUUUUUCCCAUGUGUGUGAACCCUUUUUUCCCUCUCUCUCUCUUUGUAAUCACGGCUGCAGGUGUAUCUUUUUGCAAGGGUGAGCAAACACUACAGUACAAAAACUCAUAUAUGGACGGUUCUCUUCCAGUUCUGCACAGUAAUUACAAAUAUCUAAGUGCCAUCUUGUGGCCACCAGAAAAGUAGCAAGCAACAUCUACACUUGCUUUCUUUGGAGGCCAAGAAGGGCUUUCUCUGCUUGGAGGGAGAACUGGGUUGUCCUCCCUUUUAUUUCCUGUUAGGCCUUCCUGCCCCUUCGAAACCUGUCUCAUUCUCUUGCGAGCCGCGAUGAUGCCACUUCGAGGUUACGCAUUGCCCAUUCACCAGCAAUGGGGAGCACUUAGACCACAAGGGGAUGUUUCCUUUCCUCUCAUCCAUGGUGCUAGGGAUGGGGUUCAGUUCGCAGUGUGACCCUCAAAUCCCAAUUUGGAGGGGGUAGGGAGAAGAGCCAGUUUCCAGUGGCUGGACUUAACUAUGCUUUUUGAGUUUGGAGCAGGGAAAGAUCCAGGCUUUGCUUCGUGUUGGUUUUUAGGGCUGUAUGUUGGUGCGUUUCUGCAGUGCUUAAAUAUGUGGUUCAAAAUUGGAAUGCAUUGACACGAAAGGAACCAAAAAGGAAAUAUAGACAUUGUGCUGGUCCUUCAGGAUAGAAAAGCCUGACUAGAGUCUCUUUUCUACAUUUUUUAUGUCCGUGUAAGCAUUUUUCAGCAUUUAGUACAUAUGAGAAAGCAAAGGAAAUCAAAGGAACGUGUGAACUGUACAUGAAGCCCUGACUUGUGAAAAACAGAUGAGAUCCUGCAGAGAUCCGUCUGGCAAUUAAAGGUACAUGCAAAUAGAUUUUAGAUGCGGCUUUGCAGCCCUUUAAACCAUAGUAAAAUCAGUAAUGGCCUUACCCAAAAUUCCCUAGUUUUAGGGGUUGGGAACAAAAAAUCCCAGGACAAUUAGAGACACUUAAAAACAUUCCUGAAUACCUUGUUAUGUCAUUACACUUGAGUUCCCUGGAGCAUAUGUUUCUUUUUGCAAAUUUUAAAAUUAGCAGGUGGUCUGACUUUUUUUUUUAAGGCACAGAAGGAAUUAUAUAUACAUAAAUCUCUCAUUAGAAAAAGCAAGCUUAAAAUCUCUUAUUUCCCAUACUUUCUAUUGUGAAGUGGCAUUUUUCCUUCCAAUAUGUUAUUGGUUUUCUUUUUACACUACAUCCAUGUAAUUGAUGGGGAAUAUUAGGACCAUUAACAUCUUAUAUGACGUGAAGGCCCUGCUGUGCAGGUGAAGGAAUUUCUGAAUAUUGAAUCUGUGGUAGUGAUUGAAGGAAUUUGGAAUGUUUUGUAAAAACUUUUCAAAACAGAGCUAGUUUUGGAAAUGAUACAGAGGGAAACUUUUGAGCCACCAUGGAGCAACUCAACGAGGUAAUCAUAGUAACAUUACAGGUUAUGCUACUUUCCCUACUGUCUUCCAGAAGAACUGUUUUCUCUUUUGUAUUCUUUUAAACUACCCAUGCUCUUUAACAAGAAAAAGUGAAGCUUCUAAUUUAGAGAAGAAAUGUUAUAGCUCAGUGGUAAAGCAUAUCUGCUUCGCACAUAAAUGCCCCAGGUUCAAUCUGUAACAUCUCCAGGUAAGACUAUAAAAGACGCUUGCCUGAAGCUUUAGAGAGCUGCUCAAGCCCAUGUUCCCAACAUGCCAGCUGUGGGAUUAAGAGAGUUGAAGCCAAUAAGUCUGAAAGACACUUGCUAAGAAAAGGUUGAUGUAAACACUGCAAAGCUAUGUAGACCAAAAGACUGACAUGAUGUAAGGCAGGUGCAUAGCGUUUCCAUGCCAGAAAACAGACCAGCCAAUCCUACAAAAGGAAACCGCUAGCUUAAAUAUUCUAGGGCAGAAACUCCUGCCCUUCGUUUAUGUACCCAUGCAGACUCAACCCUCUUGCAGAACUUCUCUGUGUCAAUCAAGAGUUUUUCACUGAAGUAGAAGGGGAAUUUUAUUGAAAAACUGCUGUUGAGUAGCAAUGUGCCACUGGGAUUUUCCACCUUGAUUGCAGAGUUAGAAGCCCACUACCCUGGCUUCUAACAGUUGACAGUUCUGGAGAGAAAUCACAGUAUUGCUGCAAAAUGACAAGACUAACUGUUCCUCUCUCUCCCCUAUUACUGUAUUUUCCAUGAUAAGAGCUAAGCAUCUAAGUUUUCAGCUGAAUAAUUGAGCCCCGCCCAGCCCCUAUCUACCCCACACAGGUACUACAGCAUUACACGUCU